AUCGGGAGUGGGGAUGGCGCUCGUCCAGCAGUUCGCAUCCGACUGCCGUGAGCCGCGGAUACGCGUUCUAGAGCUCUCGAUACGCAUUUUUCUCUCCUCUCAUCUAUCUCUCGUUCCCUUUCCAUUCGAUUCUUCCCUUUCUCCCUUUCCUCCCCCCAAUCAGUGCAAUCGUGUUUUUAGGGCCGCGUGACGUUUCGCCCGCUGUCAAUUUUGCGAGUGCUCGCGCAUCCAAUCGCGAGGUGGACGACAUCGCGUCGCAGUUUUCCGUGCGAAAACGUGGUCCCCUCUUACCCGCAUUUUGCGCGGGCACUUCGACCGGCGAGAGUCGCAAGGACGCGACGAAGAGCGAAAGUGGGAGAUCCUCAGGAACGUAUUGACGCCCGCUCGAAACAAGUCGCGCCACGACGUUGGACUAACUGGAUAAAGAUCACCGCGAAAUAAAUCAACGAACAUACGGAGCGAACGCAUUCGGGAUUACUGUGUCAAGGUCACCGCCGGCGAAGUUCGCGCCGUGUCACCGCGCAGCGCGUUCUCGCGUAGCGCAUUUCUCUGCGCAAUAGCCUUGGCGGAGGGAGAGAGAGAGAGAGGCAGAAAUUGCGUCCAAGAGUUGCGGUCGUAUCGAGAAACUCCGUAAUCGGUAACCCGCGCGUCUCGUCGUUUCUCCUCUCUUUCUCGAGACCUGUUAGCAAUUUCUGACACCUCGCGGUGUCAAGUUCCCGCGAGCAAUUUGCGCAAGUGCAAUCUAUCAUGACGAUAAUCGCGAGCUGUCCAAGAUCGGCGUCGAGGAUCAAUCAAGAUCGCAAGCGCAAGAUCGAGGCGCCUAGUUUCAGCCUAGUUCGCGAGUUCUAGUGAAAUGGUGCUUGUGCGUGAGAUUUCCGAGGAAUAGAGUUGUGCGUAAGAUAUAUAUCGAGGCUUCGUAUGGCGGGAUGUGACUCCUGCAGAGAUGACGAGAAGAUUCGGCGUCAAUAUCCCUCGCUGACCGGUCCACGAAGCUCGUCGGAACGCUUAUCAGAUAGAGACGACUUUAUUGUUGUCGAGAAAGUUCGUCGAAGAGCCGCGAUUAGUCGGCUAAUUUUAAUUCGAUCGCUGUAAAUAGGCCGCUACUGUUACGAUAACGCGUCAUAACAUCGGCCCAUCGAUGUUGAUGUAACGACGGCGUACUCGAACGACGCUGCCGGUCUCUAGUGAUCCAACAAGCCACGUUGGAGAACAUCUGCGACCGAUAUUUAUCGAUCUCGCGAAUAUUUACUAAGAAAAUAAAUAAAACUUUAUUAAAAAAAAAUAAAUGAAACUAAGUAACGUGUCAACAAUAGUUAUCGUACUGUGUGACGUUAAAACUGUGUGAUAAUACCAGACCUCGAAGGAGAGGAUUAAAAAAAAAAGUUCCGAUCGUCUUGGACACAAUGGUCAACAACGACGAGCGAAUGUGCUUUAUCCGAGCGGACGGUUGAGAGAACUCUCUUGGAGAGGAAAACAUAUAUUUAUAUAUCUCGAUAGAAAAGUACAGCUUUUGUGAGGAACAGCAUGUGGCAGCAGCAACAACAGCAACAAGCGUACUUGAGGAGUUUGCCCUCGCAGCAUCCGCAACAACAGACCCUCCACCCGGGGAUCAUAGGCACGGAUGACCGCACGCAUCAAUCGCAUCACCAACAUCACCAUCAGCAUCAUCGCGCCACCAUUAUGGAUAUGCCGGUACCAAGCAACCCACGUGCGUCGCGGAAUAUGGCAGAAAAGCAACGCCGUGACAAUCUCAAUACAAAUAUCUCGACGAUGGCGGCCCUCGUACCUAUCGUUGCUGGAAGUUCGAGGAGGAUGGACAAGAUAUCCAUUCUGAGAUUAGCGGCCGCCUUCCUAAGGACACAAUACAUACUCGGACGUCGUUCGACGAAUUUUCUUCCCCGACAGUUCAACGAGUUUGACUUGGAGCAAUAUUUUGUCGACCACAUAGUUGACAGCGGAGGGUUCUUCCUCGUAGUCACUGCAACAGGGAAAAUCGUCUACGUCAGCCGACAAGUGGAGCAACACCUCGGUCAUGUUCAGAACGAAUUGCUGGGUCAAUCUCUGUACAAUUUCGUCUAUCCCGAGGAUCAUGACGAGCUUACGCGAAAUCUUAGACCCGACGACAUACAAACGUCGGCGACGCCAUCGCCGACUGGAGUCACGCAGGUGUCCGAUUUGGUGCACGACAACAAUUCCAGUUCCUCGGAGGAUUCGACGGUGAAUCACAACAGAGUAAGCGAGAAGAAAAAGCUAUUCCACGAGCAGAGGCGGAACUUCAAGAUUCGUAUGGCGCAGCGCACCGUCUCCAGGCGUGAACACACGCAGUACGAAUCUUUUGACAUUUCAGGAGUUCUCCGGCUCGCAGAAGCUUGCAAGAAUGCGGAUGCCAACGGAAAUCGAGGGAGACAUCGAGAGAUGACGGGCACUAGCAACGACAUCGUUUUCACUGGCGUAGCGACCCUACCGAAGAAACGGCCCAUCACCGAAUUGUCAAUAAUGGACGCCAAUAAAGAUGAGUAUGUGACGCGGCAUCUGGUCGACGGGCGUAUCAUCUAUUGCGAUCAUAGGGUGUCCGUGGUUGCUGGUUACAUGUCGGAGGAGGUGUCUGGUCUGAAUGCGUUUGCCUUCAUGCACAAGGAUGAUUUUAGAUGGACAAUGAUCGGCCUACGGCAAAUGUACGAUCGUGCCGAACCGUGUGGUUCAUCAUGCUACAGGUUACUCACAAAAACCGGUGAAUUCAUCUACCUACGAACACAUGGUUACUUGGAGUACGAUAAGGAUACACAAACGGUGGAAUCCUUCGUUUGCGUCAAUACAUUGGUAUCGGAGCAAGAAGGUAUCCAACUAAUACAAGAGAUGAAAAGAAGAUUCUCAGCGACUGUGAACACAGCCAGCAAAAAUCUUUUGAAGAAUAUCGACGUUAAUUCAGUGACAGAAUUACAAGAUUCAAACUCUCAAUCAUCGAAUCCACGAUGUGCCUUCCUCGAAGAAGCAGCGCAACUUGAGGACGCCAUCAGUCAUCUAAUUAGCGACUUACCUUCACCGGCUGUAUCAGAAGAACAGUUUUCAUCCUCGCCGAUGCAGCACACACAAUAUGUAAAGGCCGCCAUAAUUUCUUCUCGUAUGCCACCAGUCUCCGCGCAAGUGAAUAAAAUUGGUAUCAAUAAGAUUGGCCAUUACGUCACUAUUCAAAACAAUGGCAAUCAAACUCCGAAGCAAGAGAACAAGGAACAUAAAUAUACGAAUAUUGGAAAAUAUAUGAAUUGCAGUAGUGCGGAGCAAAGCCCGAUAUCAGAUUCCGAAAGUACGAAGUCAUCCAACAAAUCUUUGUCGAUGCUCGAUAUGAUGAAUGGGGUGCACAAUAAUCAUAAUAACGUUCAAAAUACCGAUGUCUCUGGACAAUCGAACACUCGCAAACCUAAUACGAAUCGUUGUCGAAAUGUGUCUCGUAAUCAUACAUCAUACAUGGAUGUAUCUCAAAACGUGAACGGUUUGAACGCGCAGGAAAGAAUAGAACAGCGUAAUAUGCUGUCACCAAGCGCUUUACACAAAAACAACAUCAAGCUUGAAUGUGGCAUCGAGACGUUCAAUCAUCAAAAGCAAGAAUCACAAUACUUUGAUGACAGUGCGAGCGAUAGUUCUAUCAUUUCAACGCAAGGGAUUGAAACGCAUAAUCGGUGUAUGUUGAAGAGAGUAUGUAGCGACGAGGAUGUUCCAACGAUGCACAGCAAGAAGAGAUCUAAUGAUGUAUUAUAUACUUCGACGAAUGCCAAUGAUGAACAGCAAUGCGUUUCCUAUGUGAACUGCGCGAAUUUCGCCACCGAAAACAAGUAUUCGACAGUCGAGUUCAAUCGACACAACGAUGUUAAGUCACAACCGUUGAUCACUGCGAAAUCAUCCAAUUCGAGUCUCGAGAACGAGGUCGGAACGGAGUAUCAACAAUUGAUAGAUGCUGCCGCGCCGUUGGUUGUAACUAGUCCUGACAAGAAGCAGUUUGAUUUGCAGGACGAUACUUUUCUAAAUUCGGACUUGAACACAAAGGACUUCAUAAAGAAGUAUCUUUCACUUCAUAGUGUUCAUAACGGAUCUGUAGAUUUUGAAAAUCGUUUUAAUGAAGCAUUGCAGCAACUUGCUUCUGACCAUCAACGAGCUAUUAAUAACAAGCUGUUAAGACAUACGUAUCGUCAAAUAACGAACAACUUAACAUUACAAGAGACCCAAAUAAAUAUGUUGGCAAAUAAUUUAAGAAACCCAGGCCUUCAUGCUCAGAGGGAGAAUUUGUCACAAUUACAGGUUGAACACAGUAAGCAAACGAAAAUGAUUAAAACUUUGCAACAGGAUCAUCAUAAAAUACAAGUGAAUGCCAAGCAUAACCUUGGAAUAUAAGAAACCUGAUAGUUUUCCAGAUCGUUUCAUGAAUUUUGCUGAAACCAAUUUAAGAAGUUCAAAGCGAGCUUAAUAGAAUACUCUUCGGAACUGUAUUAAUUGAUAAGAAUCAAGCUUUAAAAGUUAUCCUUUUUGCGGAAGACUUAAACAAAAAAUAUCGGCGUAUGUGCAAUUUGCAUAAUAUUCCUUGUAUUCUGGUAUCGUGUUUCUUCGUUUCCGCGAAUUACCGAUAUCACAUAAAUUUGCUACAAAAAUGUCUAAAAGGUAACCGUGUCAUCAUCGGUGCAAACAACGAAUAGACGAAUAGACAUUUGCAUUAAUGCAUAUAUCAUAUAAAAAAACUGCUCAGCUCAUGAAGAAUCAAGGUAGGUGCUCAGAUAUAUCGAUGAUUUAUCAUUAAAGCAAUCUGCUUCAACCUACGUUUUCCAUCGACCACAAAUGGAAAAGAAACGAGUGAGAAAAGAUAUUGCUAAGUUAAAGAACUCUUACGAAUUGCCGUAUGAAAAGUCGUGCACUUCGCUCACUAAUCGAUCAUGCAGAUCGUACAAAACCGCUGGUGAAUGGUCCGUUAUAUAAAUAACAGUCGCUCUUCAAGCAGAUUUCCUGCAGCGACUGAGUGUUACACGCAGUUGGUAGUUUUCAAAUUUUAUGAUAGUGAACUUGUACAUAUAGUAUACAUUCGAUUUUAACGCCAUGCGGUGCUCUACUCGCGCUAAUUUACUCGCUCGCGGCAAGUCCGAUCGAGUUUGAACUACCUCUGGUUAUGUAUAUGUGAUUACGCAUGUAUCGGAUGGAUACGAAACCAGUGUCAGCUUUAUUAAUUAUAAUUGUGGACCCCUUCACACAUAUGAUAUCAAUGAUUAAUACUCGAAGUGCUAUUUACUUUUUUAUAAUCAUAAAUCAAUGUCACGACUAAUUUGAUAAAAGAAAUGAUGUGGUAAUUUUGUCGAAUGAUGUUUCAACUGAUUGCAUUUUGUGACAAUUUUAUUACAUAAUAUCUGUGUGGAAAAGAACGAAAUUUAGAGUAUGUCUAUGGGGUUGCCACUAUAGGCCAGAUUUAGACCAAUUAUCCUCUAUUUAGUGGAAUGGUUUUACAACUGCAUGUACCUGAAUUACAUUUACAUUUAAAUGUUCUAUCAUAUAUUUGGGAACUAAAAAUCUAAUCAUGUGUUGUUAAAAAAUAAUGACAAAUAUAAAUUUAGUCAUUAAAAACAGAUCUCAUCUUUUACUUGAUUUUCCCUCCCCACGAUUACAUGCCUCUGUAUCCUGUACUCUUCUAUUUUGUACUCUUUUUAAAAUGUGGUAACCCUAAGUAUAUCUCUAAAUUUGGAUUUAAUUAUUAUAUA